AUGACAUCAAGACUUGAUAGAUUAAUCAAAUCAUAUUUGCAUUCACCUACUUGGGAUACCAGAAUUGCUGCUGGACAAGCAAUCCAGGCUGUGAUUGAAAAUGUUCCUUGUUGGGAUCCAACACCUGUGCCUCAUUCAGUAAAUGAAAAUACUCAAAGUGAUAGAAAAAGAAAAAAGUUAAACUUGAAACUUUUUGAUAUUAAUAAUAUCAUUAAAAAUGGAAUACAUCUGACAGGAUCAGAAGGCAAAGAAUAUGACAUGCAAGAAGAAUCUGGGCCUUGCAAUGUCACUAAACAAAAACAAAUUUUAAAUGCAAUGAUUGGAUUAGAUGUUACAGAUAGCAUUGGCAUAGAUAUGAAUGAUUUAUUAACACCAGAUGACUUGAUUGCUAACUCAACUGAUAAAUGUAAAAAACCAGGGAAAUCUGUAAGCGAACUUGUUCAAUUAGAAUUAAGCCAAGUUGAAGGUUUAAGUAUUAGGGAAAGAAACAGAGCUCAAAGAAAGGCUAGACAAUUGGUAUCCAAACAACGCUCAGUUGACAAUGAGGAUGAAGAGCCUAAAAGAAAAAUAAAAAAAAUUGAAAGUUCUGUUGUUGAAUCAUCUGAAAAUGUGCCAGAUUUAACAGGGUCCUGGGGUAAUGCAGUGGAUUGGCCUUUUAAUUCUUUUUGUGAACAAUUAGUAACUGAUUUGUUCAGCCCACGAUGGGAAACAAGACAUGGAGCUGCUGUGGGUUUAAGAGAAAUUAUUACUUAUCACGGUAAAGGUGCAGGAAAAAUGGCCAACACUUCCCAGGAACAAAUGGAAGAGGAUCAUAAGUUAUGGUUGCAAGAUCUGGCUUUCAGGGUUUUAUGUGUUUUGGCGUUAGAUAGAUUUGGAGAUUUUGUAUCUGAUCAAGUAGUAGCUCCCGUUCGCGAAGCAUGUGCUCAAGUCUUGGGAACCAUUCUUAAACUAAUGGAUAAAUCCCAUGUUGAAAUUAUAUUAAAUAUCAUAUCACAAUUGGUUAGCCAGGCAGAAUGGGAAGCUAGACACGGAGGACUGUUAGCUCUCAAGUAUAUGUUGGCCGUUCGAAAAGAUUUAGUUCAAGACAUUCUAUCGGUGGCUUUACCUCUGGCAGUGGAUAGAUUAUCAGACGAGGUUGAUGAUGUAAGUGCUGUAGCGGCUGCGUCACUCAUUCCAGUAGCACUGGAAAUAGUAUCCAGAACGCCCGAUCAAUUACCUAAUAUUAUUUCAAAAUUAUGGGAUUUGCUCUUGGACCAAGAUGAUUUGGCAGCAGCGUGUAACAAUUUCAUGGGUUUAUUAGCGGCUUUAUUGAGUUUACCCGAUACGAAAAAAUAUAUAACAUCGCAACCUAUUGCAGAAUUGAUUCAUAGAUUGUGGCCUUUUUUAAGUCAUAAUGCAACAUCCGUUCGAAAAUCAACACUUCAAACGCUUAAAACUCUGACGACAUUUCCUGACGGAAGGUUCAACGACUGGGAUUCCGAAUUGCUUAAAGUAGCCAUGAGGCACGUGUUUCAAAGAGUUUUGAUCGAAUCUAACGAAGAAAUACAAGAUAUAGCUACGGAGGUGUGGAGAAACCUAAUUGUUAACAGUCAUCUCAAUACUCUUUUAAUGGCGGCUUGUCCUUGUUUCGGUGGUUGGUUGUGUCUUUUAAUGCAAAACUCAAAGACUGCUUUCGAUCCUAAUCUUUUAAUUUUUGAAGACAUGUCAAGGUUCAAUCGGAAAAAUGGAAAAGGUACCAUGGAAGCUUCUAAUGUUCAAGUAGAUCAAAAAUAUUUUUUGGGUGGAAGUGAAACUACCAACGUGGACUUGCGGAAAACGAAUGCCAAUAGAGCAAGGUGUUUGGGAUCUAAAAUGUUAGGUUUAUUGUCGCACUAUAUCGUGCAAUUACCCCCUGAAUUAGCGGUGGCAGAAUUGCAAGGAGAAUCUCCCAUUCAGUGCUACAUUAAAGUUUUGCUGUCUCAUUUAAAUACGAAAUCGGCUCUUCAAAGACUCGUAUGCGGUCUUGUUGUUUGCGAAUGGGCAAAAUUGCAAAAAGAUACCGUUGAAGCGCAGGAAUUAAUCACAAGAUUACACGAAUGUUUAAACGAAAAUAUUUAUUUUGAUGAAAUCGGAUUAACAUUUACUCGGCUUCUUCAAGAAACCAAAGACUACAUAUUCACUCUAAAAUAUUAUCAAGUAGAAAUUGAUGAAUCGUAUAUGGCACCUGUUUUAUCAUUAGAUCAAAUAUUAAAAUUAACAAAAAAUCCUAAUAAAUGUAAUAAGCACACUAAAAAAUUGUUGGAAACUUUAGAAGACAGAAGGAAAAACAUUUUUUCUGCAGCAAAUCAGUUGCUGACGGAUCAGACUAUGCUGAGCAUAACUUGCCAAGCUGCAUUGGCGGGAUCCGUAAUUGAAUUAAAAGCAGUCACUGGAAAGUUAAAUCCCGUCAUAAAACCGAUAAUGGAAUCGAUAAAAAAAGAAGAAAGCGAAUUGUUUCAACGGAUAGCAGCUGACGAGAUUGCUCAUUUGAUAGAACUUUUUGUCGAUAAAACUCCUUGCCCUAAUACUAAAAUAAUAUCUAAUCUUUGCACUUUCUUAUGUUCCGAUGUAGAAUUUACUCCUAAAAUUAAUAAAGAUUUUCAAGAACCGGAUAAAAGUGUAAAUUCUUUAGAAAAAGUUAAAGAUUGUGGAAUAUUGACGUUAAUUAAUCAGCAAAGACUUGCCGAGAGAAGUUUGCCAAAGCGUCAAAAUACGACGGGUACUAGAGGACCGGGACGUCCUCCAUCAAUUGUCCCGGAAGGUUUGACUCCAGAAAAUUUAAAUCAAAUUGAUGAGAGUCAAAAAAUUUAUCAAAUACAAAGAAGAGGUGCCACUUUUGCCUUGGAAGCUAUCGUAAAAAGAUUUGGAGAAAAUCUACCGAAUAAGUUGCCAAACAUAUGGGCUACGCUAUGUUGCCAUUCUUCUGUUGUUAAAACCAAUGAAGAUUUAAUUGUUUGUUUGCAAGUUUUAGAAUUAACUUGUUCUUCUGUUCAUUCGAAACUUUUACCGCAGCUUUUGGAUUCCUUGCCUAAAUUAUGCGAAUUAUUACAAAACGAGGCUUCCGCUAUACGACACAUGUCGGCAAGGUGCAUAGCAGCACUUUCUGUUUUAGAUACUGAACAUGUCAUGCAAGUAAUAAUUAGCACCAUCGUUCCUCUUUUGUCUGUAUCCGACUCCGAUAUAAAACGCGAGGGAGCAGCCGAAGCCAUUUUUUGUUUAGUUGAUAAAUUACAAUUAGGCAUUAUUCCUUAUGUAGUUUUAUUAAUAAUUCCUUUAUUAGGUAGAAUGUCUGAUCAAAAUAGUGCCGUGCGAACGAUUUGUACUCAGAGUUUUGCGACCCUCGUUCAAUUAUUACCUUUAGAUAGUCCAAUAUUAGACGGUGAUAAUUUAAGUAUCGAGAAAGAAAAAGAAAGGAGUUUUUUAAGAUAUUUGCUCAAUCCAAAGACGAUACCCGAUUACAAAUUACCCGUACCCAUUAAAGCGGAACUUAGAUCUUAUCAGCAAGCCGGAAUCAAUUGGCUGGCGUUUCUUAAUAAAUAUAAACUUCAUGGAAUAUUAUGCGAUGAUAUGGGUUUGGGUAAAACCUUACAGUCAAUUUGUAUAUUAGCCGGUGAUCAUUAUUAUCGUCAACAAGAAUAUUUGGAAAAGGGCAGUCCGGAUUGUAAACCCCUUCCAUCGAUCGUAAUAUGUCCACCUACUCUAACCGGUCAUUGGGUGUACGAAGUAGAAAAAUUUUUAUCUAAAGAAUAUUUAAAUCCUCUUCAGUAUUCGGGGCCACCAGCCGAGAGAGAAAAAUUACGUUCUAAAGUAUGUGAUUAUAAUCUCAUCGUAGCAUCGUAUGAUAUAGUUAGAAACGAUAUAGAAUUUUUUAGAAGCAUUAAUUGGAAUUAUUGCAUAUUAGAUGAGGGUCACAUAAUUAAAAAUGGUAAAACUAAGGCUUCCAAAGCUAUAAAAAGUCUAAUAGCAAAUCAUAGAUUAAUUUUAUCCGGAACUCCCAUUCAAAAUAACGUUCUGGAAUUGUGGUCCCUUUUUGAUUUUUUAAUGCCUGGUUUACUGAGUACGGAGAAACAAUUUAAUGCAAAGUACAGUCGUCCGAUACUAGCCAGUUGGGAUCCUAAAAGUUCUCCCAAAGAACAAGAAGCAGGGGUUAUCGCCAUGGAAACUUUACACCGUCAAGUUUUACCAUUUUUGCUUCGUCGAAUGAAAGAAGAUGUUUUAAAAGAUUUACCACCGAAAAUUACUCAAGAUUACAUUUGCGAAUUAUCUCAAUUGCAAGAGCAAUUAUACGAAGACUUUUCCAGGUCUCAGGCUCAUCAAUCCUUGCAAGAUUCUCUUUCAUUACCGUCUCAUGCAAAUACUCAUAUAUUUCAAGCUCUUCGGUACCUACAAAACGUCUGUAAUCAUCCCAAGCUUGUUUUAACUCCACAACAUCCAGAAUAUCAGAAAAUUAUGACGUUACUAAAUCAACAGGGGACUUCGAUGGACGAUAUUCAACACGCUUGCAAAUUACCCGCUUUAAAGCAACUUUUGUUAGAUUGUGGCAUAGGCAACGCGGCAGUAGCCAAUGAUGUCGUUUACAUUAAUCAACAUCGAGCAUUAAUUUUUUGCCAAUUGAAGUCCAUGUUGGACAUAAUAGAAUCUGAUUUAUUGAAAAAACAUUUGCCCAACGUAUCCUAUUUGAGAUUGGACGGUAGUAUACCUCCUUCUCAACGUCACAGCGUCGUAAAUAAAUUUAACAGCGAUCCGAGUAUCGAUGUUUUGCUUUUGACCACUCAAGUUGGUGGAUUGGGUCUCAAUCUGACAGGAGCCGACACCGUUAUUUUCGUCGAACACGAUUGGAAUCCAAUGAAGGAUCUUCAAGCCAUGGAUCGAGCUCAUCGUAUUGGCCAGAAAAAAGUCGUCAACGUUUACAGGUUAAUCACACGAGGAACUCUGGAAGAAAAAAUUAUGGGUUUGCAAAAAUUCAAAUUGCUUACCGCUAACACUAUAAUCUCGGAUGAAAAUGGAGCCAUGGAAACGAUGGGAACGGAUCAGCUAUUCGAUUUAUUUACGUUGAAAGAUGGAGAUGGUAAAUGCGGUCCUUCGAAAAAUUCGAAUUCAAAUUCGAAAACUCCAAAUUUACCAUUGAAGAGUCUUCUCGAUAAUUUACCCGAACUUUGGGAGCAACAACAAUACGAAAAAGAAUUCGAUUUAACAAAUUUUAUAGCAAAUUUAAAUAAAUAA